AGAUAAGGUUUCACUGGGAGACUCACGGUGAACCCCCUCCACUCUCACCGCACCACCGCCACCGCCACCGCCACCAUGCUCUCUUUAACCCUCAUCAACACCACCCACGCCCACCACCACCAAUUCUUCAAUCCCACCACCACCACCAUCCUCAAACCCCUCACUUCCCCUUCCCUCCACCACCCCCACCACCACCACCAACACCACUCAGCCGGCCCAAGGCCCAUCUCCGCCAGCCUCAACCCUCCACCGCAGCAGCAGCGGGUCUACCAGCCCUUCCGCCCUCCCCCCUCCCCGCUUCCCUCCCAAUUCCGCUCCCUCGACAUCGCUGGCCGCCUCGACAUCCUCGCCAACCGCCUCGGCCCUUGGUUCGAAUACGCUCCCCUCAUCCCUUCCCUCUUCCAGGAAGGCUUCACCCCUCCCUCCCUCGAGGAGGUCACUGGCAUCUCCGGCGUCGAGCAGAACCGCCUCGUCGUCGCCGCCAAGGUCAGGGACUCCUUAAUCCAAUCGAAGACAGACCCAGAUGUUGUCGCCGCCUUCGAUAUGGGCGGCGCCGAGCUCCUAUAUGAAAUCCGGCUCUUGAGUGCCGCAGAGCGGUCUGCUGCGGCGGAAUUCAUAGUUAGGAAUAAGUUCGACGCGAGGGGCGCGCAGGAUCUCGCCCGCGCCAUGAAGGAUUUUCCUCGGCGGCGCGGGGAUAAGGGGUGGGAGAAGUUCGAGUAUAAAUCGCCCGGAGACUGCUUGUCUUUCAUGUAUUAUAGGAAAAGUAGAGAGCACAGGAACCCGUCGGAGCAGAGGACGGCGGCAUUGGAGCAGGCGAUGAGCGUGGCAGAGACGGAGAAAGCAAAAGGCGCGAUAUUGGAAGAAUUGGAAUGGAAAGGUGGAGAAGGAAAUGGAAAAGAAGGGCAAGUGCAGGAUGGGGUUCGGGUACCAGUGGUGAGGCUGAAGAUGGGGGAGGUGGCGCAGGCGAGCUCGGUGGCAGUGUUACCGGUCUGUCGGGUGGAGGAGAGGGAAAGAGAGGUCUUGGAGGCUCCGUGGCAGUGCAAGAGCGAAGGGGAGUUCGGGUUGGUGGUGGCGGAUAAAGGGUGGGCGAGGUGGGUGGUUUUGCCGGGGUGGGAGCCGGUGUUGGGAUUGUCCAGCGGAGGGGUAGUGGUGGCAUUCCCGGACGCAAGGGCGCUGCCGUGGAAGGUGAAUAGGUGGUACAAGGAGGAGGCCAUCUUGGUCGUGGCCGACAGGGGGAGGAAAGAGGUGGUCGAGGACGAAGGCUUCUAUAUGGUGGCGGUGGAUGCCGAUGAUGCCGGGGGUGGCUACGGGUUGAAGGUGGAGCGAGGGCGGAGAUUGAAGGAAAUGGGGGUGGAGGAGAGUCUAGGGACGGUGGUGCUGGUGGUGAGGCCACCAAAAGAAGAGAUUGAGGAUCGAUUGAGUGAUGACGAUUGGGAGUGAAGUGCAACAACAUGAACAUGAGAAGUUUUGUUGAUCUACAAAUGUUGACACGGAUCAAGAUUACAACUCAGUUCGGUUUGAGACUCUGGUGGAACAUGAACUUUUCAGGUUGAAGUGGGGGUUCUUAUAAAUUGCCCCAUUUUGGAUACUGGGAGGGAGGAUCCUCUUUUGAUGUUUCCUCUGUUCUUGUCUUAAAUGUGAGAGACUCAUUUGGCAGAUCAUCCCUGUAGUACUUCAGUAUUUUCCCUUUAUUCAUCAGGAGGUGGGUAUGCCUCUUUUACACACACGUAUGAAAUUCGACAUGUAAUAACAUCUUUGGAAAUUCAUCAAUCCUCUGGUUC